AUGACUUACUUCCAUUCCUACAGAACCACCAAGAGCAAAACUUUCAAACCAAAGAAAAAUGUACCCGAAGGAACUAAGCAAUAUCAACUUCAAGAGUACGCCAAGGCCACUCUCGGCUCGGGGAAUCUGAAACUCGCGGCAAUUUUGCCAGAAGGAGAAGACAUUAAUGAAUGGUUAGCCGUUAAUACGUACGAAUUCUACAAUCAAAUUAACUUGCUCUAUGGUACAAUCGCCGAAUUCUGUACCCCGCAAGAGUGUCCUGUAAUGUCUGCUGGUCCCAAAGUCGAAUACCUCUGGUCUGAUAAUGAAAAGUAUAAGAAGCCUGUAGAACUAUCAGCACCCGACUACGUAAAUCAUUUAAUGGAAUGGGUGCAGCGGCAGCUUGAUGACGAAAGCAUGUUCCCAAGUAACAUAGGUGAGGAAGCUCAUUUAAACACCAGCUUUAAACACUUUAUUUACUUUGUUCAGGAAUUUCAGUUAAUAGAGAAAAAAGAGUUACAACCCUUGCAUGAAUUAAUUGUAACUUUAACUAGCCAAGAUUAA